AUGGCUCACUGCGAGCGGGCUUCGAAGCCCCUGCUCCAAUGCCUUCGCAACACCUAUUCGCGAGGCAUUGCUGGAACCCAACUCCAGACGCGAGCCUUCCAGUCGACUGCUAGCGUCAAAGAAGCCGAAGCUGAAGCACCAAGCCAACCCUUCCACAAGGCACCUGAUCCUUCUCUUGUGACGAGCCCCCGGUUAGAGAGACGUUUGCUGCGACAGGGUACCGCCCCUAUUGGAUCUCGUCGUCGACGUGCCGCGCUCCAGGACUCCGCCAACAUUCCUUUCGAACAACUGCCUUACCAAUGUUUCCAGGAAGCUCGGAAGGUUCUCCUCGCCGACCGCGAAGAGAAAUUGAAGGAAAUUGAGACUAUGAGACAGCGCCUUGCACGACAGGAGGCUCUGUCUGUUGAAGAGGCCGGAGGAGAGAAGGCGAAGAAGUCCCGUGUCACGGCCAUGCAAUUACACCUGGAACGCCUCAAGAUCCUGGCCGAUAUUAACGAUCCUUUGGUGAAGCGCAAUUUCGAGGAUGGUGAAGGCGACAUGUCCAAGCCCAUCUACCGCUUUUUGGCCGACCGCAAAUGGCGUGAGUAUCGCCGCAAGAUUCUUGUCCAGCGUAUUACCCAAAUGAAGGUCAUUCCCGAUGUCUUGCCUCACUGCGACCCCGUUGUGGACACCAGGAUGUACUUCGGCAAGCGCCAGGUUCAGGCUGGUGAAUAUGUCGAUGCCAGAGCCAGCACAAGCGCACCAAAAUUGGACAUUCAACUCUUCGAGGGUGGUGAAAAGCUUGUCACCAUUGCAAUUGUUGACCCGGAUAUCCCAAACGUUGAGACCAACAGCUUUGAUUAUAAGACACACUUCCUCGCCGUGAACGUGCCCAUCUCGGCCACCUCCACCAAGGUCGAUCUCUCUCAGCUUUUGGAAGACUCUCAGGUAGUUCUUCCCUGGCUGCCACCUGUUGCUCAGAAGGGUAGUCCCUACCACCGUCUAUCUGUCUUCAUCAUGGAGCAGAAGAACUCUCGCCCCCUCAACUUCGAGGCCAUCAAGACCAAGGAGACUAGCCGCGAUGUCACUCUCCGCACCCUCCAGGCCAGCUACCACCUCAAGGCCAUUGGUGCUCAUCUGUUCCGUACCCAAUGGGACGACACGACCCUGGAGGUCAUGAAGGAGAUCGGAUUCGACGGUGCCAGCGUGGAGCUGCGCCGCGCACGGGUCGAGCCUCUGCCAUAUAAGAGACGUAACCCCUCGUCUUUCCGCUAA